GCGCCAGUUUUCUCGUUAACAUCAAACAGAUCGCAUUAACAAGAAGAAUUUGUUCUAUAAAGUACAAUAAUCCUCAAUUCUAACCCUUAAACUGUAUAAACCAAGUACUCCAGUCGAAGUGUACGAUCAUCGUUUAUAAUGUAUAAUACAAUACUUUUUGGAGAAGCUGAAACUCCAUCCUUACGUUGCAUAAGAUCGUGCGUAAAGAAUUUCCACGAGUCCGCUAUUAAGUUGCGUUAGUGAGAGGAAACAAACAAUGGAAGACCGCCGUGAUAGUCGAGCAUUUUUUCUGUGCUAAAAUGGCUUCUUCGUCGUUGAAGAGUACUCGGAAAACUUAUAGUUUCGAGGAGCGAGAAAUUUUGAUAACCUUGAUAAACAAAUACGAGGAUAUCGAGGAUAAGAGGUCCGAUCCGGUAUCGAUGUACAAACGAAAAUCAGCAUGGUCUCAAUUGGCCAAUGAAUAUAAUUCGAUGGUGGGUCCACAAGCGAUACGUUCAGCUGUACAGUUGAGACGUUGCUGGGAAAAUAUGAAAGCAUGCAAACGAAAUCGCGAGGAGAAGAAGUUACGUAGUAUUUCAAAGAAUUUUUGCCACCUAUCUAAAGACCAUACACGGUCGAAAAGUUGGGAAAAUAGAAAUUCCAUAGCGGAUGUUUCCAUUUCUACCGGAACUAUAGGUUUGCCGCCAAAUGUCGUGUUUGAACCAAAGGAAUCUGAACCGUUUACGUUGCAAACAGUCUGCACUAUAAAGCCCCCGAAACAAUCCUCAAAAGAGGAAAAUAAUUAUAAAGACUCAGAUUCUGUCAGCAGUAAAAUCGAUUCGAAUUCAUUAUCACACGGUCCAGCGACCGACUGUUUCGAUAAAUCCAACAAGGAUUCAGAGUCGCCUGUGGUUGACCAGUUAGACAAAGACGAGCUAUUAGAGAUAAAUCGAAUAACUUUCAAAUCGAACGCUACUCAAACGUUGAUCUCUCCAUCGAUUGUUCACGAACAGCCUCGAAGGAUGAAGAGGUCCCUUCACAAAGAGGAAGAGCUGCACGUAUUAGCCUUAUCGGAAGCACAGAUGAAAGUUGAUAUUGCAGCCAUGUUGAAAGAAGAGGCCAGAAUUAAAUUAGAAGAGGCUCACUAUCGCAAAGAGGAAGCUAGGUUGAGGAUGCUUCUUUUUACGUAUAAGCUUGAUAGGAUAAAGGAAGAUUGACUGGAGAGAAUAAAAUGAAUAUACUCGUGACGCUGCGUACGAUGGCUUUGUUCGUUCCUUUUUUAUAGGAAUAGAAAGAGGAGGGAGAUGCUAUUAGAUUAAAUGUAAACGAACGGUAUUCGAUCUCUGUAAUAUCUGUUUAUUAUUUGUAAUUUCUUUCUAACUACAAUUGAAACCGUAAUAAAUAAAAGCUCGUAAUGCUAGCUACUUA